AUGUCGAGUUUCCACGGAAAAGAAUCGGUGCGCUUGCCGUCAACCGACGACGAAGCCAUCUGCUCCACAUCUCCAUCGGCCUCGACCACAACCAUGAUCACAGCCGCUGCCUCGACGUCCUCGACCUCGGCAGCUACAGACCAAGCUGUCCACAGCCAGCAACCGAAACAGAGCCAGGGCCAGAAACAGAGCCAGAACGAAAAAGAAAACACAGUCACCGUCUACGAGACGGACGAGUCAAGCCGCAUGCAGAAUAUUGAGCCCAUGGAGGUGGAGGCCGACGGCGACCAAACAGGAGCACGCCGGCAAGAAGCCAAGGCGCCAGUAUGUUGUGUAUUUUCCACUCCGUGCCGUAGCACAACGCUAACUUCCCAACCGAUGAACAGCGCUCGGUUUAUGGCCCUCGUGGGCAUGGCGUUUCUGUGGACAAGCGCCCAGAUUCCCGUCUACUUCUGGGGCGGCAUCCCGCCCAUUGUCUAUGGCGAUCUUGGCGGCGUCGACCGCUGGAUUUGGCUCAUCACGGCCAACUUGCUGGCCUCGGCCGCCGUCUGCCCCUUUGUCGGUGCCCUGUCCGACCUCAUGGGCCGUCGCUAUGUCGCCUUGCUCGGCUGCGGCCUUGUCGUCGUCGGCCAGCUCGUCUGCGCCUUUGCCCACAACAUGAACUCGUUUAUUGGUUGGUCCUCACUCCUUCCUCCCGUUUUGUGUUGUGUUACACAUUUCAUUGCCCCGGACUGA